CCUCUUUAUUGUACAAGUCGUGAAGCGAGGAUGAGAAUUUCACACUCCUUUGAUACAAACACUUUAUAGUAGCCAAGAGACAAAUCCCUUUGUUGCCUGAUGAGACUUUCCAGAUUUGCUUAUCUGCCUGCAAUCCUGCAACACUAUGAGUUCUCGAUCAAAGAUAAAGAGUUCAGGGUUCAACGCCUCAAAACCCUGCAAACCGAUAGCUUCAACCCUAAACCCGGCUGGUUAAUAAACAGCCCCUGUGCUACUCCUCUCCACUACCUACAUACCACAGCCACAGCCGGAACCGGAGCGGAAACCUGGCAGACCGAGUUCGAGGGCCACCCGAUCACCGUGCACACGAACACCCUCCUCGCAAAGGGCCACGGCACGGGGAACGGCAACCCGACGUUUCACGUCACCGGGGACGCGACCGUGCACAUCAGCGUGAACGUGAACGGGAGCGUAAUCCCAGGCCCCAAGGUCCUGCGCUUCGACCUGCCUCCCGAUCUCGCCGACCCGUGGGGGUUCGCGGCGCGCUUCCUGCAGCACGAGUGGCGCACGCAGCGGCAGAAUCACCCCCACACCUACCCGCCGGAGAUGCUCUUCGCGGGCAUCGCGACGUGCCCCCAGCGCCAACGCGCGCGCUUCUUCUACGAGGCCUCGCCGGCCCACCACGGCCCCCCGCUGCUCUGGACGUCCCGGACCGGCCAGACCGAGUUCCCGGCCCCUUCGGCGGCGGAUGGGUUCUCCUUCGUGCGGGACAUCUUGACGUUCAGGAUGGAUCUCCUCUCCAAGCAGGGGGGGGCCGGGGGCGGAUGCGGCGGCCAGGUGGGACGACGGUCUCGGCCAGGACCUCUUCGACUUAGUGGAGAGGCUGAAAGAUCGGUUUCUGGUUGACAUGCCGGUUAGGUUGGCAGGGGGUGGUCUCCGUCGUCGCGGUUGCAGGGUAGCUGGCUGAGCUCGUUGUGCCUUCUUUUUCUUUUUCUACUCUUG